CAAAUAUUGUCGCUAACGUUUAAAACGGAGAGAGCGGUACCACUGGGCGCAACGCUAACGUCCCACUCAAACCUUCAUGAAUACCGACCUAUAGCUUCACUCAAUUAUACACUUUCGGGUGACUGACGACGAACAUGAUGAACUGGGACCCAGUUGCGACUAAAGUCUUACUACGAUCAACAUCGCAGCGUCUUGGUCAAAUUCAAGAGAGAAUAGACUCUCAAGGGCAAAUCACACGACGUGACAUUGCAACGUUAUUGCAACAGAAUAAUACUGCUCUUGCACGCGCCAAGGCACAGAAUCUCAUACAAGAUGAUGCAAAAGGCGACUUAUUGGAGGUGGUGGAAAUGCACGUCAGCAUGAUCAUCGAGUAUCUUGGCGAGUUGGACGAAGGGCGUUCACCGAGCCCCAUUCUUACAGAGGCUGCAGCCUCCAUCAUAGCUGCAGCUCCCAAUGUUAAUAUUAAAGAACUCAAUGUUGUUAGGGAUAUGUUAAUUCAACGCAUGCACCAUCAUUUUUCUAGUUCACCCAAUAGCCUUGAAAACCACGUCCCUUUGCGUGUCAUGCAAUUACUACACCCAUCAACCCCUUCUGCAUCCCAGAUAAAUAACUGUCUGACAAAUGUAUCAAAGGUGUAUCAUGUAAACUGGGCUGCAGACCCUCCCCGGCAGGAUAUCUUGAAUUUGAUCUCAGAAAUUUUGGAUCCGCAAGGUUCACCCAUUGUUGACCUACCUCGUCUGCGGAGGCUGUGUUCGCAAGGGUUACCCGAUGAACCUCCAUGGCUUAGGCCUAGGAUAUGGAAGCUUUUACUGGGCACUGUUCCGGUCUUGAAGUCAACAUGGCAAAAAGAAAAUCGGAAACAACGAGACAGCUACUAUGAUCUCGUUCGCCGUUUGUUAUCACCAUUUUAUGACAUGCCAGCACCCACGAAGCCGCUGAGCAACACGGAUACGACGCUAAUGAAAAUAUCUGAAUCUCUAUUUCGUCUUCCCCCUGAACUCUUCGACACGCUUGACAUAGGCACAAACUGCCCAACUCUGUCUCCGUUAGAUGAAAAUGCUGAUGAGACAGAAAGGAUUGGGUGUGCUCAUCUUCUUGACGCGCGACUGCAGGUCCUCCACGGACAAAUUUCCGCAUCGAACCCCGCAGGUAUUCCCGAAAUUCGCCUUGAGCCUGACAUUGGCACACUCGAACUGUCACAAUUGCCGAGCAUGGAUUCCUGUGGACCAGGGGCAUCCACCACACUAUUACAUGCUGGACCGUUCGGUGGUUCCAGCGCACAUCCACAGCACAUCUCAGCCCUCCUCCGUCUGCUGUAUCUGCAUUCAUGUAUAAAUCCAGCAAACCAAUCUCCAGACAUUCCCUCCUUACUUGUACCGUUGUACGCUGUUCUUAUCAGGGAGGUGGAACCGGAAGAUUUAGCCCACGCUGAAGCAGAUACAUUCUGGUUAUUCGAAGCUCUCGUUGGGGAGUUUUCAGAACUGGCAGAUCAGGAAGGUGGUAAAGUCUGGAUGAAGAAAUUCAGCGAUCGAUUAGCACAAGCUGACGGAGAACUUGCUGCGAGCCUGCACACCAAAGGCUUGGAUCCUUUGCUUCCACAUUACUCCUAUCGUUGGCUUGCACCUCUCUUGUCGCAAACACUUCCUCUUACCUCCCUCCUGCCCGUAUGGGAUGUGCUUUUCUCCUACCCAAUGAGAACUCGAGAUGAGAACCAUAAACUCGAUGCCCUCGUUGAUAUCUGCACAAGUCUUCUGAUCCGUGCGCGCGCGCCGCUUUUUAGACUUGCAAAGCCUGGAGGUAAGUCUCCGGGACUGUGGGCUGAAGAGCAUACUACUAUUCGUCCUUCUUCUCCGCUUCGACCAUGGGAGCUCAGCGACGCUUUCCUCGAGGGCAUUGCUCUUUUGCAAUCCUAUCCAAUUGAUGCAGCUGGUGGUAUCGACCGAGUCUUGCAAACCGCACACGAUUUGGCCCAAAGGCGCAUCGAAGAAAAUAGACUUUCGAAGUCAGACAAUGUCACCCUCGGUGCUCGGAUCAAAGCCACCAUGUGGAAGGGGUUUACAAACCAAGUUGCUGAUGCUGAUGAGGAGGGAGAGGAGGAAGAGGAGGAAGAAGAAGACUCGAGUUCGGAUGAAGAGAGCUCCCAUGAAGAUGGCAAUGAGACAGAAACUCCGGCUGCUCCAACCCUGACUUCGCGUCUCGCCAAUACGGUUUGGAGAGGGAUCACCAAUCAAAGCUCUAUGGAAGAUCCACCAUCUCCACCAUCUCCAACUUCCCCGCUACAACCACAGUCACCACCGCUCCCUCAUUCCCCUCAGAGUCCCCCAGAGCAAAUCACUUCAAACCCAUCCCUAAGCCCACCGCCUGCAAGUAUCUGGGGUUAUGCUGGAAAACUCAAAGACUCUGACACCGUUGCGGCUUUUGCGAAAGUAAGCACAAAUUGGCGUGCCCGAGCGAUGGAUGCAUGGAGCAGUCGACGCAAUAGCGUGACAUCGAAUGGAGAUGCAUCGUCACCGGUGAUCGCGAAAUCUGAGUUACCACCCUCAGUUCCGGACAAGUGGUCACCACUGAGAGAUGGUAUUAGCCAUUCUGGAGAUAGGAGUAGAGGGGGCUCGCUUUCUGGUAGCAGUCGAGGGGCUACUUAUGAAGAACCCCCUCGCCCAACAUUCUUUCGAUCGCCACGAGACAGCUUUUUGCCACUACCGCGCAGAGGAGGAACUUACACCGCUCCUCCGAGCCCGGAAGUCCAGCCUCAGCAGGAAGAUAACUUUAUGCACAAGGCGCAGGCCUCUCUGGCAUCCUUGGCUGCUUUGAACUCCCUCACCGCAACGUCACGUACAUCAGCCCCACAACAACCUCCCAGGGGUCCACCACGUCCUCUUCUUCUCAAUUCAAGCUCUUUGAUUACCGCGAAACCUCCGUUGGCCGCGCACUCGGAUGGCGGGAUGCCAAUCAAACGGCGUGGCGAGUGGAUGGAUGUUGCGCGUAGUAAAGGACACGGACUGCGCACUGAUGGAAAACCAAGCGUCGGCUCCAGAUCUGACAUCGAAUCUGAGGGCAGAAGUCGGAAGGUGGCACUAAACCGCAAGUCGAUAUCGCCAAUGGCACCCGCGUCCCGUGCGCCACGAGCUCCUUGGACAACUUCUCCUUUAAGCACGUCUGAUGCAACGACAUGUGAUCCAUCCACUAGAACCUAUACUAGGUCCGCCGCUGAAGACAGCUCGUCUGACAGGGGCUGGUGUGCAUAUACUGCUGCCGAUUCACCCACAACGGUGUCAUCUCCGCCCAUUCCUCCGACGCCUAUCACCGCAAUUCAUGUUGAAGCAGGGAAAGUACGGGUGAAUGGCGAAAGUCGGGAGAGCUCCUUUAGCGAAGAUAGUAUACCUCUGAGGCCACCUACACCAAGCAAGAUUUCACUACGAAAAAAGACACCACCACCUCUACGACAAGAUAUAGACAAUUCUGAUUCGCAGGACUGGACACCCUCUAGGAAUUCCCAUAUGCGCUCGAAGCGUCACCUUCCAAAACUACCCAGCCUGCGAACUCGGGACACCAACCUUCGGCCUAGUACUUCUGUGGCUGAGCACAAGAGCGUGAGCCCAAACUCGCUCGCCCCUCCAGAGUGGCCCGAGGAGCAAGAGAUAGCCAUGACACCUCGUGCUCCUGAAUUUGGUUCCAAGGACCCCACAUCAACAUCCCCAAAUUUCUCGUCGCAUUCUCCACGUCCUAGGCGGAAGACAUCCGGGGAUACGGUGGGGCGUUCACGGAACAUUUCGGGAGAAUCGGUUGUUCGGCUUAGUAGAUCUUCCUUCUAUGAGGCGCGGGACACUAGAGAUAGCGCUGCAGAAGAAGGGGACGACGAAGGCUACGAUGACAUUCUGAGCGCAUAUGAGAGUGAGGAAGGGAGUAGGGAGUAGAUGUUGUCAUGACUGUUCCUGUUGGUGGUACCAGCUAAUGCGAUAAACUAUGAAAAACAGACCCAGAACGCUGCGUGAGUGAAAAUUUUGGUUUUACUCGAAAAUAGAUGGUAUAUUA